AUGCCUCCCAAGCGCAAGUCCCCAGCGACGGCUGCCCCUGCGGCGCGGUCCCCGAGGAAGACGCGGAGCAUGGCUGCUGCAGGGAAGCGGGGAACGGAGCCUGCUCCGGCGAAGGCAGUGCCAGCUGAGAAGGAAAAUGAGGCGGCGGUUGCCGAGCCAAAGGCUAGGAAGAGAGCCAAGAAAGGCGAGGCGGUGACGGUGGCCACCGAGCCGAAGGGGAGGAAGACGGGCAAGAAAGAAGCCGAGGCGGCGCGCCAGCGGCAGAGGAGGAGGAUGGGGGUGAUGCGGUGGCAGGAGGAAGCGUGUCAUCGUCGAGGCCUGUUGUCAGGUGAUUAA